CACGAGGCUGAAGAUCGGCGCUGCGUUAUGAAUCAUAUGACUGCAACAAUUCACAAACUUCCUGUUUGAGCACAACAGAGUGAAAGCCAGAAGAAAAGGAAGGACGUCCGAGUCCCCGUCAAAGCAAAGGCACAGAGGAAAGCGUCUUGCUGGAGACAAUGUGCAUACGCUGUGGAGAAUGGAAGAGCUGAUAGGAGACCGGAGAGUUGAGGACGAGAGGAGCUUGAUAAAGACGCCGUCUGAUGUCCAGGCCAGCGACCGAGAACAUGAUUCGUCCACGUCCACACGUCAGACCCGCUCUGUCCAGCGUGGCUCGCCAUGUUUCGUCUACACCCUGGCGUUCUUCUCGGCUCUGGGUGGGUUCCUGUUUGGCUAUGACACAGGAGUGGUGUCUGGAGCCAUGCUCCUGCUCAAGAGGGAGAUGAACCUCAGCUCUUUAUGGCAGGAGCUGCUGGUGUCCAUCACUGUUGGCGCCGCGGCCGUUUCCUCUCUGGCUGGAGGGUAUCUCAACGGACUUUACGGCCGGAGAAUCUGUAUACUGCUCGCCAGCUUCAUCUUCUCUGCUGGAGGAAUCAUCCUGAGCGUCGCACAAAACAAAGAGGUUCUUCUGUGUGGGAGGCUUACGGUUGGGCUCGGGAUAGGAAUUGCAUCUAUGACCGUGCCGGUCUACAUCGCUGAGGUUUCACCUUCUGAACUCCGAGGUCAGCUGGUCACCAUUAACACCCUGUUUAUCACCGGUGGGCAGUUCAUAGCUAGCGUGGUGGACGGGGUCUUUAGCUACCUCCCCCAAGAUGGCUGGAGGUAUAUGUUGGGUUUGUCAGUUGUUCCUGCUGCGCUGCAGUUCCUGGGGUUCCUCUUCCUCCCGGAGAGUCCUCGCUGGCUCCUGCAGAAAGGAGAUACCCAGAAUGCUCGGCUGGUGCUCAGUCGGAUCCGUGGCGGUGUAAAUGUGGAUGUGGAGUAUGAGAGCAUUCGGAGCAGCAUUGAGGAGGAGAAGAUUGAUGCUGGUGAGGGUCCAGUGUUGUGGCGUAUCCUGACGUUCGCUCCAGCGCGGCGUGCUCUGAUCGUGGGUUGUGGCCUACAGAUGUUCCAGCAGCUCUCAGGAAUCAAUACAGUCAUGUACUACAGCGCCACCAUACUGCAGAUGUCUGGAGUACAGAAUGAUCAGAUGGCCAUCUGGCUGGCUUCUGCCACAGCCUUCACCAACUUCCUGUUUACUCUAUUAGGCGUGUGGCUCGUGGAUAGGGUGGGCCGCAGGAAGCUGACUCUGGGCAGCAUACUAGGUACUGCUGCAAGUCUGAUGGUUCUCGCUGCGGGUUUCAUGCUUACGGCUCAGGCCUCUCCACCCGUGACCUUUCACCCCAAUGACCCCUCCCUCCACAACUCCACCUGCAUUACAUAUGGGUUCUGUGAAUCCUGCAUGUUGAAUCCAGAUUGUGGUUUCUGUUAUGGGAAGAAUGGCACAGUGGUGAUUGAGUCCUCAUGUAUGCCUGUGGAUGCGGCCAACACUGGGGCAGCUGCAGCGGGCAGGUGUUCCAAUGGCACACAAGAGAGUUUAGGUGUAUUCUGGGCCUAUAACUAUUGCCCAACAUCUUACUCCUGGAUUGUUCUGCUGGGUCUCAUUCUGUAUCUGGCCUUCUUUGCCCCAGGUAUGGGUCCUAUGCCAUGGACAGUGAACUCUGAGAUCUAUCCGCUGUGGGCUCGGAGCACAGGGAACGCCUGCUCUGCUGGAGUCAACUGGAUCUGUAAUGUCCUCGUGUCCCUGACCUUCCUCCAUGUGGCCCAGUUCCUGACAUACUAUGGUGCGUUCUUCCUGUACUCCGGCCUGGCUCUGCUGGGCUUUGUGUUUGUGGUGGGCUGUCUGCCGGAGACCAAGGGUCUGCGUCUGGAGGAGAUCGAGCCUUUGUUCGGGAGACAGCUGUGCAGCUGUGGAGCCGGCGGCACUCCGAGCGUUCAUUACACCCGGGUAAACGGAGGAGACUACCGCUCUGAAGAAGACCUGACUGAUGAUGAAUAGAUACUGAUGAAGAUGAUUCAUGGUGCGAGGGGUGCUGUGGUUCCCAUUCCAGAGAUUCAACGUUCUAGUUGACUCGUAUCAAAAAUGUAAACGUGUCAAUUUAAUUAUGUUGAUGCUUGAUAAGCACAUGAGAUAUUUCUGCGGUGAUUAUAUUUGCACAUGUACAGAUGAGUAGUGUUAGAGACAAACGUGUUGUUUACUUAAGUAAAGGCUGUCUGGCUUCAUGAGAUCAGGAAGUGAGAUUGCUAUCCAAAUAAGUGCUCUGGAGUGCGACCCAUGUGCAUACACUUUAUUAUACUAUUGGGAGACAGAGCAAAUAGAGUUUGAUCUUUUCAAGGUGUACAGAGCUUUACGUUCAUCUUCUAGAACUUCUGUUACUAACCUCCGAAUGAAUGUUUUACACAAAAGUGAAAAUAAUCUCAUGAUUAAAACUCCUUAAAACCUUAA